AUGUUUUUCUGGUUACCUGCUGUUGCCGCACUUAUACCAGGCGCCGUUCAGAGUGAGGCCCUCCAGUCAAACUCUAGUAGCACGCAUGCGAAAGGCUAUGUCAACUCCGUGUAUUUUACGAACUGGGGAAUUUAUGCGCGCAACUUCCCCCCCGCUAGCCUUCCCGUCCGCCAAAUUUCACACGUUCUGUACGCAUUUGUGAGUCCAAGCACAGACGGGACAAUAAACUCCAUCGAUUCGUGGGCGGACCUCCAGAAACACUAUGAUGGUGACUCGUGGAAUACUGUUGGAAACAAUGCCUAUGGCUGCGUGAAACAACUCUUCUCGCUCAAAAAAGCUAACAGAAAGCUGAAAGUAAUCCUGUCAAUUGGAGGAUGGACGUUGUCAACCAACUUCCCCGCUGCCGCUUCCACGGAGACCACCAGGGCAACCUUUGCCAAGUCGGCUGUGGACAUGAUGAAGGACUGGGGUUUUGAUGGCAUCGACGUUGAUUGGGAGUACCCGCGGGACGAAACUCAGGCACAAAACAUGGUGCUUCUUCUGCAGCAGAUUCGCAACACCCUUGAUGAUUAUGCGAAGAAAUUCGCCCCGAGUCAUCAUUUUCAACUCUCCAUCGCUGCUCCUGCCGGCCGGGAGCAUUACAGCAAGCUGAAAAUGGCAGAACUUGGUCGUAUACUUGACUAUGUCAACUUGAUGGCCUAUGACUAUGCGGGACAAUGGGGGAAAUAUAGCGGACACGCCUCAAAUCUGUAUCCCGCCCCUGAUAAUCCAAACGCCACCCCUUUCAACACAGACGCCGCCGUCACCGCGUAUAUCAACGGAGGUGUACCAGCCAGUAAGAUUGUUCUGGGAAUGCCCACAUACGGUCGCUCUUUCGAGCAGACAGAGGGCAUUGGAAGACCUUUCGCCGGUGUUGGCGGUGGUAGCUGGGAAAAUGGAAUCUGGGAUUACAGAUCGCUGCCGACAGCUGGAGCAACUCUGCGAUACGACGACGUCGCCGUGGCAAAUUACACCUACAAUUCUGCUACCAAAGAGCUGAUCUCUUACGACUCGCCAGAGAGCGUCAGGGCGAAGGUGGGCUACAUACACGGCAGGAACCUGGGUGGAAGCAUGUUUUGGGAAGCGUCCGGGGACAGGCGGGACUCAGAGUCACUCAUCGGGACAAGUGCUAAGUCAUUAGGAAUUCUGGACUCCACUGAAAACUGGAUAAACUACCCAGACUCCAAGUACGACAAUAUUCGGGGUAGUAAAGGGUAA